UGAUUGCACCACAACAAUACAAACAAACCACAAUUGAAAUACCCGCGAAGCCAAGGCAAAAGGGAAAUUGGGUAGUUGGCAUCUCCGCAUCUCAUCCAAGAAUCUUCUUUUGUUAACGUCAAAAUAUCCCCGGCCCCCUUUCUUCUCAAUUCUUCUCAUUCGUCCUCGCCUUCCCCUUCUUAAUAAUCUCGUAAUUGUUUUAAUUGUGAGGGCAAGGGGAUCACGGGUAUGGGUGGUGAAGACGAAGCGGUUGAGUCGGUUAGCGGUGGUUGUUCACGGGCAGGGAAAAGGAGGAGGCUAUGGAAGAAGAUGAAGUCCCAGCUGGUGGAGUACCACGCUCUACCUGGUUACUUGAGGGACAACGAGUACAUCCUCCGCCAUUACCGCCCCGAAUGGCCUAUGAAGCAGGUCCUUCUCAGCAUCUUCACCAUCCACAAUGAAACUCUCAAUGUUUGGACGCAUCUGAUUGGGUUUUUCAUAUUUCUGGCAUUGACCAUAUACACUGCCAUGAAAGUUCCAAAGGUUGUAGAUCUUAAUACACUGCAGCAUUUUCCCGACCUGCACAAAUUACAAUCAGAGCUUCUCACUUGCCUCCCUUCCAUGCCUGAUUUUCACAAGAUCAGGGACGAGUUAAGGACUACGUUGCCCUCAAUGGAUAUGCUUCCGUCAAUCUCAAGUUGGCAUGUAAAAGAACUUCUGUAUAAUUGUUUGCCGGAAAGAUUUUCCAGUGCCAAUCAUACCGAUUCUUGUGUUCUGCAUAGUGUAAAGGAGGACCUGGCAAACAUCAUAGCACCACUGAUGAUUAGACCAAUUACAAGGUGGCCUUUUUUCGCAUUUUUAGGAGGGGCAAUGUUUUGCCUGCUAGCUAGCAGUGUCUGCCAUCUACUCUCUUGCCACUCCGAGCGCAUAUCUUACAUUAUGCUCAGGCUCGACUAUGCUGGCAUUGCAGCCCUGAUAUCUACCUCAUUCUAUCCCCCAGUAUAUUACUCGUUUAUGUGUUAUCCAUUCUUCUGCAACCUUUACUUGGGAUUCAUUACCAUAUUGGGAAUCGCCACUAUCUUGGUUUCUCUCCUUCCAGUCUUUCAAAGUCCAGAAUUCCGCACCAUCCGGGCAUCCCUCUUCUUUGGGAUGGGUUUGUCUGGUGCAGGACCUAUACUGCACAAGCUGUAUUUGUUCUGGGGGGAGCCUGAGGUAUUCCAUACAACAGGUUAUGAGCUUCUGAUGGGUGCUUUCUAUGGCAUUGGAGCACUAAUCUAUGCCACCAGGAUUCCGGAACGGUGGAUGCCUGGGAAAUUUGACAUUGCUGGACACAGUCACCAGUUGUUUCAUAUAUUCGUCGUGGCUGGGGCGUAUACUCAUUAUCGUGCUGGAUUGGUUUAUCUCAGGUGGCGUGACCUUAGGGGUUGCUGAUUUUGUGAACCAUAAAGGGAUCAGUCAUUGAUUGCUCAUUUUGUUGUAUAAUCUGCAGCUGUAUGCUAAUUUUACAUCUCGAGCUGGUCUAAAUUUGUGAUUCCAGUUUGGGAUGUGUAUGCAUCACUUAGUACACAGGACAUAUGUAUAGAUUUAGAAUCCUCAUGCAAUUAAGCAAUAAAAAUUUCAUGUGUAUCGUACAUGAUUGGAAACAAA